AUGCAAAUUGCAAAAGACUUCAACCAACAGUGUCUGCAGAGCGGCAGGCCCCAGGACAUGGUCCCUGAGGAGUGGCUCUGCGACACAAUAUUUUGUGACGAGAAAGGGAUCGUGUUGAGAAUGAGAGAAAACAGCCCCCCUUAUGGCGGCGAGGACGAGCCGGAGUCGGGUGUCACUACACCUGAACUGUUCAAAAUAAGAAAAAAGAAAAUGGAACAAAUGAAGCCGCACCGUUUCGUUGUAACGGCUCCAGCCGGGUAUAUAGCGAAGGCCGGCAUUAAAAUCGGCACUGUGCUACCGCUGCUGAGCAAAGAAAAAAUGGAGAAGAUUUUUGACAAUCAUUUUGCGCAGCCGAAGAACUACAGAGAGCCUCUGUUGCUGCCGGACGGCCGCGUGAUAAAAUAA